AUGAGCAACAACACCUCCCUACUAGAUACUCUACUUGGUCAUCUUGCAACUGUGUUUAAAAUACGGGAUCUUGGCAAACCUGGCUUCUUCUUAGGUAUUGAAACUGUUGACACUACUAGUGGAAUGCUUCUGUCCCAACGGCGCUACAUGACUGAUUUGCUGACUAGGGCUGGGAUGGUAAACUUUAAUCGUCUAUGUCCGUUUAUGCACGCCCCGACUACUGAUCAUUGGGCAAUGGUGAAACGGGUUCUUCGGUAUAUUAAGGGGACUCUUCACUAUGGUCUGCACCUGAGUGCAUCACCCACUACCUUUAUUCAUGCCUAUUCCGACUCUGACUGGGCUGGAUGUCCUGUUGACAGGAAAAGCACGAGUGGAUAUGCUGUUUUUCUCGGGUCUAAUCUCAUCUCCUGGCUAUCCCGGAAACAACGUACUGUGGCCCGCUCUUCGACAGAAGGCGAGUAUAAAGCCCUAGCCGAUGUUGCUGCUGAGGUUACUUGGGUUGUUUCAUUGUUACGUGAGUUGGGGCUGCACACCGGUCAACCGUCUACUUUGUGGUGUGAUAACUUUGGAGCUACGUAUUUAUAUGCUAAUCCAGUGUUCCACGCCAGAACAAAGCAUGUGGAGAUUGACUAUCACUUUGUGCGAGACAAGGUUGCAACGGGGGACUUCAAGGUAAACUUCAUAUCAACCAAGGACCAGCUCGCUGAUAUCUUCACCAAGCCGCUUCCAGGUCCAAGGUUCACUACACUACGAGACAAGCUACAUGUUGUUUCUCACCAACCUUCUGCUUGA